UUUGGCAGUGUAAUGCUCAAGACUCUGACUUGUACAAAGAUUUGACAAGCCAUGAUGCCCUCACCGUCUAUACGAAGUGCCUUUGGCGAAAGUCCUUCUCGCUCAAUGGGAGGCAGGACCGCGGUGGACGAAGUGACACGGCGUCAGGAGGAUUGGGAGAAGGAAAUCGAGACUUUGGACCAGAAGGAAAUGGAACUGCAUCAGUCGCAACUGCGACUGAUUCGAGAGCAGACGGCAAUCUUUGUCCGCGAUCUUGCCAUCUUGCAGGGGGAGGUUUCAGCUCUGAAAGAUCACAUGGGCUCUGGUCUUCCAUCCAACAUCUUGCCGUUGCAGACAGAUGUCAAAGAGCAGAAGGCCAAGCUGGUGGCACAGGAGCAGAGCUCUGCCUCCAUGCAGAAGAGGCUGGACUACAUGGAGCGGUUGCUGGGCGAGGCAGUGGAUAGGCAAUCCCAGGAGAUUGAGGCCGCCAAGUCAGCGCAGGCAAGGCUAGCUGGUGAGGCUCAGUCACGCGAGGCUCAUCACGCCUCUGUGGCCGAGCGGCUUAACUACAUUGAGCAGCUGGUGGGCGAUUCCUUCGACAAGCACUCCAGGGAAAUCCAGUCCUCGCAUGCGCGGCUCGAAAACAUGCAUACCAGGCUGAUAGCUUGUGAAUCACAGGCCGGUCACCACUCCUUGCAGGAGCGAGUUGAUUUCCUGGAGAAGUUGCUUGGAGAGUCUGCGGACAAACACAGCCAGGGUCUCCAAGCUGCGCAUUCCAACAUGGAACGACUUCAUGGAAGCUUCCAAGAGCAAAUGGCUUCAAGGAUGGAACAGUUUCAUGGAAGCAUCCAGGAACGCUUGGCAAAUCUGGAGCAGCAGUGUGGGACCUUCGCAUCGCAUGCCCAGGAGUUGCAGCAUGUGAAGAGCCAAGUGGAUCAUGCUCACCAGAAACUGGGAAAUCAGCAGAGUUCCUUGCAACAUCAUAGCACACUUGCAGAGCGGGUGGACUAUUUGGAGAAGCUGAUGGGUGAUUCUGCUGACCAUCACUCCAGUGAGAUUGGCCAGGCACAUGCCAAGCUCGAACACCUUCGUGGACGGCUUUCAGCUGUAGAGGCCAUGGGGACCACCCUUGAAAGCCUGAAGCAGAACCACGCUGUACUCGCUAGUGAAAAGGCAAAGCGAGACGCGCACCAUGCCUCGAUGGCAGAGCGGCUGGACUACAUCGAGAAAAUGCUGGGGGAUUCUGCCGGUAAGCACGGCCAGGAGCUGCAAGCGGCGCACUCCAAGCUGGAGCAUUUGCACGGCCGGCUGGCUGCUUUCGAGAAAUCUCACGGGACACUGACGGAGCAGCAGCGCGCCAAGGAGGUGACGCUUGCAGACCAGAAUGCAGCCCUUCACGCGCAUCACGCCACUUUGCGAGAGCGCGUGGAUUAUCUGGAAAGUGCUCUCGGCGACUCUUCAGACAAGCACGCAAGAGAGCUUGAAGGCCUCAAAGCGGCCCACAGUCGCCUGCAAACUGAGUCGAAAGCUAAGGACGCCCAUCACUCCAGUGUUGGGGAACGACUUGGAUACUUGGAGCGUUUGAUUGGUGACUCCGCGGACAAGCAUGCCAAGGAGCUCGCUGCAGCUCACGAUAAGAUUGCGCAGAUGCACUCCCGACUCGCAGUGUGUGAAGCAUCAGGACCCACCCUGGACAACUUGAAGAAGUCGCAUGCCAGCCUUGCGGCGGAGAAGUCAACUCAAGAUGCGCACCAUGCGACGUUGGCAGAGCGAGUGGAGUUUUUGGAGAGGAGCUUUGGCGACUCGGCCAACAACCACGCCAAGCAGAUCAAAGCAGCGCAUGACAAGCUGGAGCAUAUGCAUGCUAGGGUCUCCAACUGCGAGAAAGCUGGAUCCACCUUGGCCGACCUCCACAAGUCCCACCACUCUGUAGCCCAGGACCACCAGGAGAAGCUCCAAACACUCCACGCCUCGGUGAAUGAGCGCCUCGUGUAUUUGGAGCGACUCAUGGGGGAGUCCGCGGAUAAACACGGCAGGGAGCUUGAGGCCCUCAAAGCGUCGCACUCCAGGAUGUCUACCGAAACGAAGGCGCGCGACGCGCAUCAUGCCACAGUGUCAGAGCGCUUGGACUACAUCGAAAAGACUCUCGGGGAUUCCGCUGACAAACAUGAGCAAGAGCUGAAGGCAGCUCACAGCAAGAUCGAUCAAGUUCAUCACCGAGUCUCCAGCAAUUUGCACGAAGAAACGAUGCGGGCUCUGCUGCAGGGUGAGAAGGAAGCUCGACAGAAGCACGUCUCUACCAUGGAAGAAAGGCUGGAACGGCUAGAGAGGAUGAUGGGUGAAACGCAUGACAAGCACUGGCGGGAGAUAGAGGCAACCAAGCUGGCUCAUCAAAGACUGAGCAAGGAGCAAAAAGGCCGCGACGAGAAGCAUGCCACAAUUGCUGAAAGAUUGGACUACCUUGAGAGCAAGGUGGGCGACUCCUUUGAGCAGCAUGCCCGGGAGAUCAAAGCGACCCAGAACAAGCUCGAGCACAUGCACAACCGGGUUUCCGAGUGUGAGAAGCACGGUUCCACCGUGUCCGAGCUUCAUCGGUCGCAUCAUACUUCCAUUCAGGAGCAACGCGCGGCUUUGAGUUCGCACCACGCCUCCCUCGCUGAGAGGUUAGAUUUCCUGGAAAAGAGCGUGGGCCAGUCAGCUGAUCAGCAUGCAAGAGAAGUUGAAGCUCUGAAAUCGGCCCACUCGCGAAUGUCCACAGAGACGAAAGCACGAGAUGCCCAUCACUCUACCAUGGCUGAGCGGUUGGAGUACAUCGAGAAGAUGAUGGGCGACUCAGCAGACAAGCAUGCCAAGGAGCUGGCCACAGCUCAUGACAAGAUCAACAGCAUGCACAAGCGCCUGGCAGACUGCGAGGCCCGCGGCAGCCAUAUGGACACUGUAAAGAAAAGCCACGAGAAGCUCCUCAACGACCAGGCAGCUCGUGAUUCCCAUCACGCAACUUUGAAUGAAAGAGUCAACUACCUGGAGAAGAUGUUUGGCGACUCUGCCGACCACCACAAGAAGGAGCUGCAGGCUGCUCGGCAAGCUCAGGAGCAGCUCCAUUCUCAAUUCCACGAGGAGAAGCAGCUCCGACAGCAGGCACAUGCACACCUGGAGGGGAAACUCAGUUACGAUCGUGAGGGGCGUAUUCACCACGCGACAGUGGAGGAGCGGCUGCAGAAGCUCGAAACAGUGACCGGAGAGCACCAUGAGGUUCUGUCUCAAGUUCGAGAUCAACUUCGCAGUGAGGCGACGGCGCGGACUCAGCAGUGCAACUCCAUCUCUGACCAAAUCGGCACCGAACGUCGUCUCAGAGAAUCGCUCGAGCAGAACGUCCAGGGGCACCUGGCAACGGAGCGCAAAGCCAGGGAAGCGCAAGAGAACAUGGUUAAGGAGCAGUUCAACAACGAGAAGGCUGCUCGCGACCGCUUCCUUGCCCACAUACAGGAGUUGAUUGCGCGCGAGAAAGAGGCUCGAGAUAAACAGCAUGAUCAUCAUCAAGAACUGCUUGGACGAGAGCGGUCAGCCAAUGAGGGGCGUCAUCGAGAUGUGCAUGAAGUGAUCCAGAAGGAGCGCAGCGCGCGCGAACAGCAUCACAGCUUAUUGCACGACAUUGUCCACAAAGAGAAGGCUGCUCGAGGAGCAAUUGAGGAGCUGUUGGCUCAGGAGAAGGCUGAGCGCCACAAGCACCAUGCAUCCACGGAGGAGCGGGUCGAUUCAGUACAGAAGACUCUUGCCAUCUUCGAUAGUUUGAUGCGGAAGGAGAUUGAAGAGAGAACAAAAGAGUACAGACGGCUUUGGGACGCCAUCGACACUCACACCCACGACCUGUCCACGCAGGUCAUUGGUGAGCCAGGCGGAUAUGCACCAGAGGUUCCUGUGAUGGAUGCGGCACCGUACCGACGAUAUCCAUCGACCUCCUUGAACCCGGUGAAUCCACUGACUGCGCCAGCAUCGCAGUCGUGGACAUCUGGUUUGCAGCCCGUUGUCUACCAGCAAGAGCCGGCUGCAGUUGUGACUCCAAGCGUGACGCCACCAACAGUGGUUCGACAGUUCUCUCCAAUGGUGCAAGUGCCAUGGGGAGUUCAGGCAAAGUGAGCUUCGGCCAACGUAGCUGAAGCUUGUGUGGACAGACCUGUCGCUUGUCAAGGCUUCUCUGUGUUGCAUUGCAAUUCUUUGACGUUUGAAAUCUUGGGUGUGGCUGCUGCUUCUCAACACA